AUGGAAGAGGAUGAGGAAAAUAAAGAUCCGAUUGCAAACAAAAAAGCACAGCUGGAUUUCAUAGAUGAUGUUAAGGUCGGAAGAGGAGCAUACGGAAUAGUGUGGAAAGCUAUAGAAAAGAAAAACAGAGAGGUUGUCGCAUUGAAGAAAGUAUUUGAUGCUUUUGCAAAUGCUACUGACGCAUAAAGGACAUUUAGAGAAGUGUGCUUUCUAAGUGAACUUGGAACUCACGAUAAUAUUGUCAAUUUAAUAAAUGUCAAGAAAGCUAAAAAUCAUAAGGACCUCUACAUUGUUUUCGACUUCUUAGAGGCUGAUUUGCAUACUGUAAUUAGGGCGAAUAUUUGUGAAGAAAUUCAUAGACAGUACAUAACUUACCAAGUCUGCAGGGCUUUGAAAUAUUUGCAUUCAGCAGAUAUUUUACAUAGAGAUAUAAAGCCAAGUAACAUAUUGAUAAACUAGGAUUGCCUAGUAAAACUCGCUGAUUUUGGGUUGGCUAGAUUUAUGUUUUAAACCGAUAACUAAAUCCCUCUACUAUCUGAUUAUGUUGCAACCAGAUGGUAUAGAGCUCCAGAGAUAUUACUAGGUUCACCAAGAUAUGAUUACUCUGUUGAUAUGUGGGCUCUUGGAUGCAUCGUUGCGGAAUUAUAUUUAAAUAAGCCACUUUUCCCUGGAUCUUCUACUUUAAAUUAACUAAGCAGAUUAAUUGAGAUUACUGGCAAACCGACUGUCGCUGAUUUAUAGGAUAUUCAUUCUCCCUUAGCCAUGACUAUGUUUGAGAGUUUGAAUUUGAAUAAAGACAAGAAGCAUCUGAGAGAGGUCAUUUUAACAGCUGACCCAAUUGCUAUUGACUUUAUCAACAAGCUAUUGCAAUUUAGACCAAGUAAAAGAAUGAAAGCGGAGUAGGCAUUAGCUCACCCUUAUCUAAAAAGGUUUCAUAACUAAUCAAAUGAGCCUGAAUGCAUUAAAGAUAUAAAUCUCCCUUUAGAUGACAAUAGAAAAUUUGAAGUGAAAAAAUACAGAGAAGAGCUGUAUAAGUUCGUUGAAAGAAGGACUAAACAGCUAAGAAGAGAGAGAAGAAUGAUGAACUAUUAUAUGAAAUAUAGAGAUUAUAAUUGA